UAUUGUUAACAGGUGUGUGCACAAUAUCCAGGUGUGUAUAGGCUUGUGUUGUUGAGAGUGUAGUGCAGUGUGCAUGCAGAAUACAGGUAAGUGUGUAAUAUACAGUGGGUGUGCUCGCUUGAGCUUAGUUUGUUUGUUUGGGUUGGAAGUUCAGUGAGAGGGAUCUUGUGAGUGUUACACAGCCUGGGUGUUUGUGUAUAGGAAGUGUGUCACUGUCAGUUUGUUAGUGUUCAGUAGCAUGUGUUUAUACAAGUAGUGUGUGUGUUUGCCAGUGUGUAGGCUCUGCCUGUUUGCUGUACAGGUGCUGCCCUCCCUCACUACUGUGCCCUCCCUCAAUCACUGCUCCUGUUGGACUUUGCCCCUCCCGACUGCCGCACAAAAGUCAGUGGGACACUAACACGGACACUAACACACACUCGGCUCCUGUGACCGGCGGCAGGGAAUGUGAAUGAGAGAGGGAGGCAGUUCUGUGCAACGAGAAGACUCGUCUCGUACUUAGUAACAUCAAGUUUCAACUUGAGCGCCCGACCCUCCUGCUGUGGCGCGCACAGUUAACUCCCAGGCCGGGCGAGGGGCGGGGAGAAGCGGGAGGCUGUGCCAGUGCGAGGGCACGAACAGAACAGCCUCUGUUUCCCAGGGAAUCGCAGAACACAAGCUUGUGUAAGGAAGACAGACCUUGUUGCAUGGUCAAGACACCACCAGGGAAUGGACGAUUCAGGGUCCUGGUCAGAGACUUCUAAUCCUGAAGGAACCUUGGCACUGUCUGGGAAGAAAGCCAAAGGCAAAGCUCCUCUUCCUCCAGGAGAAGGAAAAUACUCAGAAAAUUCCCCAUCAUUUGACUCGUCCGACAGCAAUCAUUUCAGCAUGGACCAGAAGGAAAACAUAAUUGAUCGAGACAUUGAGCUCACUGUAGUUCUUCCUGGGGAGAAGACAGCAAUGGCUAUGGUUCAUGGCAGCAAACCGAUGCUCGACCUGCUGAUAUUUCUGUGCGGACAGUAUCGUUUAAACCCAUCCUCCCACACUAUAGACUUGAUUUCGUCAGAGGGAAGCCAGAUCAAAUUCAAGCCAAACACCCCAAUUGGAAUGCUGGAAGUGGAAAGAGUGGUUUUAAAAUCCAAAAUUUCAGAUGACAAAAAUAAAAAACCCUUUCCUGCUGCACCAGAGCAAACAGUCCGAGUUGUGAUAAAUUACAGGAAAACACAGAAGACUGUUAUGAGAGUCAGCCCACAAGUUCCACUUCAUGAGUUUUUUCUCUCAAUCUGCAAUAAGUGUGAGUUUGAUCCUGUGCACACUGUGCUGCUAAAGGACCAUCAGUCACAAAGGCCCCUGGAUUUAACCAAGUCUUUAAAUGAUCUUGGUAUAAGAGAACUUUAUGCAGUAGAUCGCAGCAAAGCUACUUCUCCUUCAGAUGUGAAGCCCCCACCUUUGCAAGAAGCCUGCCAGAAUCUGGAAGCCAAGCCAAAUGAAGAUAAAGGGUUCUUCAAUUUUUUUCGCAGGAGUAAAAAGAAGCCAAGAGACCAAACUUCCAGCGCUCCAACAACCCCUCAGCUCAACAAAGCAAGACUAAAUGCAACACAAAGGACAAAUCCAGUUUUCAAGUCCUACGAUUCAAACACCAUGCCCUCUAUGCCCUCUGAGGUGCCAAAGAAAAGAAGGGCCCCGCUGCCACCUAUGCAUCCUCCCCAAAGUGCCCAAAACAGCAUAUCCCGUGGGCAAGUGCGGACUUCAUCUUGCAUUGUGAAAUCUACUAUUCAUGAAACCGAACAGGUUGUGCCAGGAAUCGAUAGAUCACGGACGGGUUCACUUCAACUUAGUGGGUCAUCUUCUUUUAAUUCCCCUCUAAGAAGGACAAAGCGCAAAGCUCCUCUGCCGCCAUCGCCACCACCAAAUUCCUCUCAAGAUGACAAUUAUGCGAAUGGCAAUGAAAAAGCACAAGUGUCUGAAGAGGUUAUUUAUGAGAGGAGGAUUUUAAGGGAAGAAAGCCAAGACACAACCGCUCCAGCAGUUGAUAUAAUCUCUGAGCCGCCUCUGGAAGAAAUUAAAGAAAAAGAAGAAACCAGUUUCAGUCACGAGGUAGAAAGCGUGCGAGAUAAAACAGAGGAUGUGUCUGUGUCAUCUGUAUCUACUGAUGUGAUGGGUGAUAUGACUGAGGGAUCAUGUCAUUCAGGAUCUGACUUGGCAAACGGCUCCAAAACCUCAGAAGAGGAAAUAAUGAUAAUCAGUAACAAGUCUUCUCCUGUCGAAGUUGAUGACUUAGCCGCUGGGAGUGCUACACUUGAAUAUGAUAGCAUGAGUCACAUUGGGAAUGGAGCAUCAAUCCAGACCACAGAAACGGAAGAUAAUAUCCAAGCAACUGACAUUAAAGUACUUCAUAUUGAAACUGAAGUGCAAGCACAACCUUACAUGGAGCAGAAUGAACGUAUGGUCACUGAUAUUCAGAAUAAUGCCACAAUUUCAGUUAUUGAAAUAGAAGGGACUUUGGAUCACAGUAGCCCAACAAAAGCCAAACUGCAGGAUUCUGCUGUUCAGACAGUAAGUUUCGACAGUGAUGUAGAAAUGAAUAGUAUAAAGGAAUCUUCACUGACCUCUGAGCCUUCUAUAGAGCAUUCACACAAGGACAUGGAAAUCAAUGGCCAGUCAUCCAUGCCACCUCAAGUUAUUCAUAAGCAUGUAGCGUUUUCCAUGGAAGCAUUACAGACACAGGAAGUUGAAAAUACCAGCAAGGAAAUCCCCAGUGCUAAAGAAAGUGUGCAGACACAAACUAUUGUUGAAACAGAAAAGAUGGUGGAGAGCCCAUUAAAAUCUCCAUCAAAAAGCCACCAGCUGUAUAUACAAGAUUCAGAGCCAAAACCUAAACCUUCCAAUGAAAUUACAAGAGACUACCUACCUAAAAUUGGAAUGACUACUUAUAAAAUAGUGCCGCAAAGAUCUUCUGAUGCCGAGACUGAUAACGCACAGGAUUCCAUAAACCAUGAUACGUUGGCUCAGCACGACAAAAGGUUGCAAAGCCCUAUAGGGACUAAGAGUGUGUCUCCUGUCCAAGCAGCAAGGGAAGCUUUCUUCAGCGAACUCUCUUCAGCAAUUAAAAAUGGAAGUCAUUCUCCUCAGCUGAGUGCAAAUAUAAAUCCUAUGAGCUUGACUCAUGUAAAUAACACUUCAACAAGUCAGAAAAGUCCAGGAUUAACAAGGAGCUUGUCGUCCGAACCUGUUUUAAAAUCAGAAAAAUCAAAUGUCCCAGAAACAAAAUCAGGUUCAGUUAAAGCCCCAAGUUCUUUCUAUUUGCAGAUGCAAAGGAGAGCUUCAAGUCUUUAUGUGACCUCCGCUGCUGCUAAAAUGUCAAAAUCAUCAAGCAGUCCUACCAAUAAUACAGUUGCUAACCUAGGAAAAGAUACUUUGCAAGCAACAAUAAAAACAUUACCUCCUAGUUCAGAGGUUGCACAGGUGACUUCGAAACGAGAUGAAAAUAUUUCUUAUGACAAGUCGCUAUUUGCUAAAAACAUAUCAUUGGAGAGAAAUUUAGAUCCUGCAGCUGCUUCGCAGUUAACAAGUAAAACAUCUUCUUCCAGUGAAGAUUUACAGCUGCCUUUACCAUCACUUGAUCUACACAAAGACAAGUUAACAAUUAAAGAAAUGGAGUCUGAAGUCCAAAGUCUUGGAGAGUAUUCCCAGCUGACACAAAAGCCUAGACUAGAUGUUCGAUUGCCUUCUAUAAGUGAAGAUGAACUGGCUAAAGACUUAACAGAAGCAAAAAAAGUUGAAACAGUUUCUGAAACCUACUCGGUGGCUACAAACAGGUGUAACACGUCUCAGAAUAUUACUGAAAUGGAUAAAACAUCAGACAUUAAAAGUGGAAGCUCUAUAGUUAAUGCUCAGGAAAAGCAUCUGGAAAGUCCUACAUUAAGUAGUAAGAAUAAAAGUGAGAAUUCUCUGUCUGCUGGAGUAAAAAAUGCUGAAGUUAAGACUGAGUCCUUAAAUGUAUUGCCAGAGGUGACCAAGCAUUUUGAUGUUGAUGACAUGUCCAGACACUAUGAGGACUCCCUAACAUCUAGUAGAACUGUGAGAUCACCAAGCUCUCCAACUGGCCCGGCUGUUACAAUGAGUUUGCAAAAAUUGAGGACUUUCGCCACCCCUCGACCAUUUUCAAGUAGUAAUUCUUCAUCUUUUGCUCCUACCAGUUCCUUAGCAAUUAGACGGUCACAGUCAUUUACUUCCAGUUCUGCACCAGUUAAGCAACCUUUAAAAUCUACUGGCUGGACCUCUGUUUCUCCAACUGAUGUGGAAUUCAGAAAUUACUCCUCUUUCUCUUCAGAAAAUCCACAGGAGCAAUCUGAAGAUCAGACACUAACCCCUGAAAUAAAAUACAAAGUGCAUAGCCCGCCACCACUUCUAGAGAAAAAGUCUACUGUAUCUUUUGAAAGUUCUGACCCAGAAUUCAUCCGGCAGAAUUUACUGACUGCCAUUCGCUCUGGAGAAGCUGCCGCUAACUUGAAAAGGGUUCCUGUCCCAUCCAAUACAAUAUCUAUAAACGGAAGAUCUACAAUGAGUCAUCCAGUUUUUUCCGAGACACAAGAAGAGCUCUAGAACUUGCCAAAAUCCAUCAUUCUGUGUCCAUGACUACUGCUGUUUUGAGUUAAAUGGAAGUGUAUGUUAGUAUAUUAUGCAAGGAUCUUCGUAAUGCUCUUGGACAGAGUUUUGGAACACAAAUAAUUUAUUUUAUGUUAAGAGGCCUGCAGGUGUCUUAUUGCUGAAGAUUUUAUUUUAGAGAUUAGUAAUUACUGUUCAUUUCAAACCUGCAUUUAUUAAAGGACACAUUCUAAAAUGAAAGUCGAUCUUAUGUCACAUAUAAAUAUAUAUAUAUAUAAAUACAAAUAAGUAUAAAUAAGUAAAUAUAUCCUACAUAGUUUAUUUUCAUUUACUGCCCUUUCUAUUCAUAAACUACAAUUCCAGGUAUGCUUAGCUGCUCUAAACACUGUCGCUGAACUGUAAUUACAGUAUAUUAAUGUGUUAUCAAGGGUUAAUGCAUUCUGGGAGCUGUCAGCUUUUUAUUUUUAAAGCAAUACUGCUCAGUAAAACUUUUCCCAUACAAGAAAAUCCCCAAAUGAGAGUCCCAGCUGAUCUAUGUAAAUAUGGUUCCAUGUUCUUUGUUACUGGAGCUAGUAGGUUUAUUUGUAAUUAAGCUCUUGCUUGUCAACUAUAGAGAACUAGGGGUGCAUUGGAGGGAUUAGAACCCUUUACACGAAACAGGGGUCACAAUGCUGUUUAAUUGUUCCAGCAUUAAUAAUAUGAUCAAAGAAUAGGGAGCAUGUAGAAUAUUGAAGGACCCUUGUGCAAAUGGGGUUUUGACCCAGUAGUGUUAGUAGUUAUGCCUGACAGUGUUACUUUAAAUAGCCAUCCUUGAUGUUGAUAGACAGCCUUCCAAACAUACUUUAACCUUUGAUAAUAUUUUUAGGAGUCUGGAAGUUUUGGUCUGUCAAUGUUUGGGUUACCCAUUUUGGACCACUGUUGUUCACAUUCCCUUUAUACAGACAAGCUCAGCCAAUUCAAAAAUCCUUUAAGAAGUUUCAAACUCAUUCACACUAAUGAUUCCAGCCUGAAGGGAGGUGUAGAAUUGUCAUGUCACCUGACAGCAGCAGUUCUAAUUAUCAUCUUAUGGUAACCUCAGGAAACUGCACUUAUUUCAAGGGAAAGUUACAUUCCAUAUGAUUUUUAGAAGUUUCCUUCUUUAAUAAUAAUAAUCUACUUUUCUACUUUAUAUUGCCUGUUGGGAUCGAUAGUUGUGGGUGCAGGGUUAAAUCAACAUGUAGUUUUCUUUCAAAAGAAUACGCACACCAAUCAUUUGUGAAUCAAACAAUUUUUAUUGUUUUUACACAGAUGCACACAAUAAAAACAGUUUGAUUCACAAACGAUUGGAGUGCGGGUUCUUUUGAAAGAAAAAAAAAAAAAUAUAUAUAUAUAUAUAUAUAUAUAUAUAUAUAUAUAUAUAUAUAUAUAUAUAAGAACAACUUUCAUUUCAGCAUUAAUGUUGUGUUACUAAAUUGUUUAAUGUUUUCCUAUAGAGAAUGUAAAAUGAAUGAUUUUUUUGUUUCUGAACAGUACAAAUGAUGUAAUAAUUUUUUUGAAAGCAACUGCUUGGUGAUCAAUGUAUAUAUUGUAACUGCCAUUUUUGCCUUCUCUGUUACAUGGUUAAAUUUAGCAAGUCUGCAAUUAGCAGUGUUGAAAUAAAAUAUUUAAAAUAACUUACAAUUAUAGUUAUGUUAGUAUUGGGGAAAAUUCUGAAUUUAUUUUGCAUUUAUUCCCAGGGGAUUAUCAAACAUUUAUUUAAACAUAUGUGAUUUCUUCUAUUACAUCCACACAAAUUUAAAAUAUUCUCUAGUAUUUCCAGUGCACAUCAUCCUUGUUUUGAGUCAGUGGUCGGCUCCUAAAGGAUUUAUAGAUCCAAGAGUUUUUUUUUUUUUUUUUACAUUUGAUUCAAUGGGGACAUUUCACCACCUAAACUAUGUCAUGAAAAAGUGCUUGUCUGAGCUGUUUGCAAUCUACAUUAUUUUGUUAUUACAGUUUACAUUGUUUUGGCCACAUUAGUAACAGAACUGAGCAGUAAGUGCCUAGACAAAACAGCAGAGGGCACACAAAUUCAUGAUAUUCUCAGUGUAAACCUCUUAAUGACAUGACAAGUAAAAAAGGUAAUUAAGAUAAAUUGUAAUAUUUUGUAUAGUUCACAUCACACUAAUACAGUAAUUUAAAUCAUAAUUAGAAUUAUUUUAAGCCAGUCCUCUGUAAUCUAUAGUCUAAGCACUGAAGAGAAACCUCUUUGUUACCCUGGCUCUGACUUUCACCUAUAAAAAGAAAACCUUAUUGAUAAGGCUAUAAAUAUAAGGAAAUCACUAUCCAUAUUCACUGAAAUGCUUUUCGUGCAGAUUUGAAUUUUUAAAUAUGAGUGAGGUUUUACUAUAUUGCUUUCUACAGCCAGGAUCUAGAUCUCAAAGAAAUAGCACCUCAAGUUGUAAACAUAGGUAUAGACAUAUAGAUAUCUAUAGAGGUUAAGUUAGGUGAAACAAUGACACCUCACAUUGGGAUCUGUGCAAAACUCUUUUUUUCAUAUUGUAUUAUUUCUCCAAAGGAAAUGGACAUAAACUCUCCUUAUAAAUGUAUAUAUUUUCUUAAGUCUUCAUCUUGGCAAAUAUUUCUCUUAUAACUCUUUACGGCACUGCUAUAAUUGUAUUGCCAUUAUCAAUGUUUUCAACUUUCUUUCCUUUCUUGCACUCUUACAUGGGCUAAUGGUGAUGUCGGAGCACAUGAUUGCAAUAUAUAUAUAUCUGUAUAAUGUUCUAGAAUGUAUUUUUAUUACAUUACAUUUUUCUAAUACUCUCAGUGCAUAUGAAAUGAUUCUUCCAUUGCCCAUUUUAUGUUGGAAUUAUUGUUCCCUUUGCAAGCUAACUAAAUACAAUUAUGGAAGAUGUUUGACCACAUGUCUCAUAAGCUGAACCAAAUCUACUGUACCUGUUGUACUGGAAUUCCCCUCUAACAGACCGUUGGAUCUGCCUCACCUUUUUCUUUCUUUAAAGAUUUAAUGCGCUGGAGCAUAUAGCAAUGUAUGUUAUCUUAAAUAAAAUGGUGUGGAGUAAUUGGUAUUUUCAAAUAAACUUGGUUAUAUACUAUUGUUAA